AUGAACCCUCGAACUCUCGCCGCACCGCUCCGAUCCCUCCGAUCUUCAAUCCCCCUUCGACCCCCUAUGGCCACUUCAGCCGGUCGGAUAAUACCCUUACCUUCCACUCGACUGGGCGCUAGAUUCUAUUCUGAGUCAACGGAUGCUAAGAAAGAGGAGUCUUUCCAUGCUGAGGAGGAUAAGAGAAUAACAGAACUGGAAAAUGCGAAGAAGGAGAGUGAUAAGAGGGCUAAGGAGUUGGAGGAGGAAUUGAAGGAGUUGAAGAAAGAGGUCCAAUACGCUAGGGCAGACUAUCAAACAGCCAUCCGACGAGCCGAGGAAGAACGUAAAAAGGCUUCCGAAUUCGCUAUCGCUUCCUUUGCCCGGGCAUUGUUGGGUACUGUCGAUGUACUCCAAAAAGCUUUGAGGAGUGUACCCCAACCUAUACCAGUCGACAACCAACAUCUCAAACAGUUAUUCGACGGAGUAGGAUUAACCGAAAAAGCCUUGGUGCAAACAUUCGAACGACACGGGAUGAAGAAGUUGGAUAAUCUUAAAGGAGAGGUGUUCGAUCCUAAUCUCCAUGAGGCUGAAUUUAUGAUCCCGAAGGAAGUUGCUCCUCCCAAGAAAGAUGGUACACCCCAUAGCCCCGGAGAGAUCAUGGAAGUUAAUUCGGAAGGUUGGAUGAUAGGUAAUAGGGUGUUGAGACCUGCUAAAGUUGGGGUUGUGCAACCUGAGUAG